AUGUUGCCGCUCAUGCUAAUAUACGCUGGACUCUUUUUCACACUAGUCGCGGGAGACAGCGUCAAUACCAUCUCGCAGAAACUGGUAUGCCGGACAGCACUGAAGACAUCCUCGGGCUCUGGUGGAAGGACGACUAGUUCAACGACCAUCCAUCUAUCUAGGACUGUAACUCAUGUUGUCACUCCGACAUUGACUAUCACUCCCCCAGUCUCCACGACCACCAAGAAGACGACAAUUACACAGACAUCAACAGCAACAUUCCCGCAGAGUACGAACGCAUUUUCUACCACGCUGUCGUUCACGGCUACGAGCACGGCAUACACGACCCUGAUCAGCACCAGUACAUCGUCAGUGACGCAAACCACAACGAGCACUUUUGCCACAACCACCAUUCAACCCUCUUCUGGAUUUGUGCCCAUAUCUUCUGCCCUGGCCGCUGCAGGUCACGCCGCAGCCAAGCGGGCGAGACGUGGUGUUGAUAUGGUCCAUAGGGAUGUCGCUGCAGUCGAGAAGCGAAAAGCCCAUCAACAGAUCGUCUGUGGCGACGAUGGCAGCAUCACGUACACUCCUCGGCAGUACCAGGGUGCAGUAACAUGCUAUCAACGCAUCCAAGUGGUGACCACCAAGACCGUCACAUCCACAGCUCAAAAGACCAAGACCAUCACAGCGCACCGAUUAACCACCACAAUCACUCGAAGGCUCGUCGCAUCUCUACGCAAUCUGCUGUAA